UCAUGAUGUCAAAUGAAUGUUUGGUCGGAGCAUCGUGUGUAUACAAUUAUAUCGUUUAUGAUUUAUAAAACUGUGAUUUUUUAUGAAGAAGACAUUAAUUUCAAAUCAAUACAAUCGAGAGUAACACAUAAACUUGUAUAUAAUAAAUGAAUCAUAUUUCUUUGUAUUAUUAUUGUGUAAAGGUUGUUCAAAGUAUGAUUAAAUUAUUCUCGUAAAUGCAACUUACAAUUUGCUGUAAUAAACUUUAAACGAACUAUGAAAAUACUGAGAAAUUAAUUAUUCGUAUUACGAAAGAUUAAUAACUUGAGAAAGAUAUGCAUAUAUGUUGAUGGAUAUAUUUGUUCUCUGAAGUAACGUGUAGGUUAGCUUUUGCAGUUUUUCAAGAAAUUUCUAAUUUCAACGAACAUUCCAAGAAUAUGGAUGUAGAAAAAGUUGCUGUAUUUGCCAGUGUAGGAUUCGCAAUAGCCAUUGCAGCAUUUGUUAUAUGGGGUCCAUCUCCUAAACCUCGAAAAAAAGGAACAGUUAUUGGAAUCAAUAAUUUAGGAUACACUUGCUUCUUGAAUUCUCUUUUGCAAGCUUUGGCGGCUUGUCCAAUUUUUAUUGGAUGGUUAAAGAAACAAUAUGAAACAAAUGGGAAAGUUAAUUUCAUUUCGACUUCAUUAUCUGUUUUUGAAAAAAUCAAUGGAUAUACGGAAGAUUUAUAUGGUGAUGUAACACCAAUUGAAAUAAUUUCUUCACUUGGUAGUCAAUGGAAAUUUGCACCUGGUCAUCAGGAUGUACAUGAGCUAUUUCAUGUAGUUCUCAGUGCGUUACAAGCAGAAAUUCAACAUGGAAAUAGGAAAGGUUGUUUGUCUGAUGCUUUACCACAAAGUACAAUAAUGAUAACAGAUACAAAGAAAUUGGGUGAUCCUUUAUCAUUUAGAAGUGUAUCUUGUAAUGAUAUUGUAUCAGCUAACAAAAGUCCUAACAUUCCAAAUGGUUUUGAUAGAAAUUGCAACAGUCAUGUAAUAUCUUCGACGACGUCCAUAUCAAGUAUUCCUAUGGCAUAUAAUAAGCCAGGCAUAAUCCUUGCUAGGUCUUCAGAACUACUUUCAAAGAAUGUUGGAGUUGAGGAAAAUAAAGAAUCUUUUAAACCGUGGAACUCCUUAUGUGCUAUGUCAUUUUCUAUUGCUCCACCAAUAUCGAUAGUAGUACAUCCAUUUUCUGGCUUAUUAACUAGUCAAUUACAAUGCAGUUGCUGUAAAUGGAAGUCUGCAGUACAUUAUGACAAACUUGAAACAGUUUCUUUACCUCUGCCUCCUUUGGGUCCACAUAUUAAAUCAUAUCACACAUUGGAAGAAUUAUUAACGCGUUUUGUAACCAGUGAAGUUGUCCAAGAUGUUUCAUGUGACGGAUGCGGAAUGCGUUGUUUAGCUACUAAAACCUUAACUCUAGGCAAACUCCCUAAAUGUUUAUGUUUACAUAUAUCAAGAACCACAUGGAGCUCUUCAGGAAUACCAAUUAAGAGAGAUGAUCCAGUCAAAUUUCCUGAAGUACUAACUUUAGAUCCUUAUACUUUUAUAGAAACAAAAAAGCGAAACGCACGGGGCGAUCCUGAAGCAACAAUGUUACUUACUAAUCGAACAACACUACAAGAUAAACAUAAGUAUCAAUUGCGUGCGAUUGUAGAACAUCGCGGACCUGUUGAUUCUGGGCAUUUUGUUUGUUAUAGACGAGGAAAUAAAACCAAUCAGUGGUUGUAUACUUCGGAUAAUGUAGUUGAGAGCAUAUCCUUGAUUGAAGUUUUAUGUGCCACACCAUAUCUUCUCUUUUACGAGCGUAUUAAUAGCAUAUAAGAAUAGUUAGUAAUCAAUUUUAGUAACCGCAGGAAGUUUAGGAAUGAUGACUCAAUAUAUUGAAAUGAUGUAAUGAUUAUAAUGGAAAUUAAGAGACUGAAUGUGUCUAAUAGUAGCUUUUAUGUUUCUAUUGCAAAACAGUUUAAAUUACUUCAAAUUAUUCGUUAAACAAAGAGAACAAAUAUUUAUAUUUAUGUGAAUUUUUUAUUUAAUAGAUUUCACAUUUUCUGUACCAGUUUAUUUUCAUACAAUGGUACAUAAAAAACAAAAAAAAAAUUUUUUGGCUUAUAAUUUUGACAUUAUGAUUUUCUAAUUGAAUGAAAUAGAGCAAAAUUUUAAACAAAUUUUUAAAAAUUAUACCUACUUAAUAAUUUAUGUACAACAAAACAAAAUAGUCGACAUUUAAGGAUAGCAACAUAGAAUAUUGUGUAUGUAGAAUACUAUAGUUACAGUUUAUAGAGGAUUGCAUUACUUGCUUGAUAAAUUGCAUUGUAAUAGUGAAACAAAAUCAAAUUGUGCCAAAUUAAUCAAUCGUUUUUAUAUAUGAACUUAAACUAUUAUUUUAUACAUCUGGAGUUUCAAAGUUUAAUUCUGGAUAUGUACUUUAAAUGAAAUACAUUUUCGUGCAAUGAAAAAGUAA